AUGAUAUCUGUCAAAAGAAACACUUGGAGAGCACUGAGUUUAGUAAUAGGUGACUGCCGGAAAAAGGGAAACUUUGAAUAUUGUCAAGAUCGUACUGAGAAGCACUCCACGAUGCCAGACUCACCUGUGGAUGUGAAGACCCCAUCCAGGCUGACUCCUCCCACGAUGCCACCUCCCCCAACAACUCAAGGGGCUCCCAGAACGAGUUCAUUUACACCAACAACGUUAACCAAUGGCACGAGCCAUUCACCCACAGCCUUGAAUGGCGCCCCGUCGCCGCCCAACGGCUUCAGCAACGGGCCCUCCUCUUCUUCCUCCUCGUCUCUGGCGAAUCAACAGCUGCCCCCUGCCUGCGGCGCCAGGCAGCUCAGCAAGCUGAAACGGUUCCUCACUACCUUGCAGCAGUUUGGCAACGACAUUUCGCCAGAGAUAGGAGAGCGAGUCCGCACCCUCGUCCUAGGCCUGGUGAACUCUACUUUGACAAUUGAAGAAUUUCAUUCCAAACUGCAAGAAGCUACAAACUUCCCACUGCGACCUUUUGUCAUCCCAUUUUUGAAGGCCAACUUGCCGCUUCUGCAGCGGGAGCUCCUGCACUGCGCGAGGCUGGCCAAACAGAACCCUGCCCAGUACCUCGCCCAGCACGAACAGCUGCUUCUGGAUGCCAGCACCACCUCACCUGUUGACUCCUCAGAGCUGCUUCUCGAUGUGAACGAAAACGGGAAGAGGCGAACUCCAGACAGAACCAAAGAAAAUGGCUUUGACAGAGAGCCUUUGCACUCAGAACAUCCAAGCAAGCGACCAUGCACUAUUAGCCCAGGCCAGCGGUACAGUCCAAAUAACGGCUUAUCCUACCAGCCGAACGGCCUGCCUCACCCCACCCCUCCACCGCAGCAUUACCGUUUGGAUGAUAUGGCCAUUGCCCAUCACUACAGGGACUCCUAUCGACACCCCAGCCACAGGGACCUCAGGGACAGAAACAGGCCUAUGGGGUUGCAUGGCACACGUCAAGAAGAAAUGAUUGAUCACAGACUAACAGACAGAGAAUGGGCAGAAGAAUGGAAACAUCUUGACCAUCUGUUAAACUGUAUAAUGGACAUGGUAGAAAAAACAAGACGGUCUCUCACAGUACUGAGGCGAUGUCAGGAGGCAGACCGGGAGGAGCUGAAUUACUGGAUCCGGCGGUACAGCGACGCGGAGGACUUGAAAAAGGGCGGCGGCAGCAGCAGCCACUCCAGGCAGCAGAGUCCCGUGAACCCAGAGCCAGUGGCGUUAGAUGCACAUCGGGAAUUCCUUCACAGGCCUGCUUCUGGAUAUGUGCCAGAGGAGAUCUGGAAGAAAGCUGAGGAGGCGGUCAACGAGGUGAAGCGGCAGGCCAUGACGGAGCUGCAGAAGGCCGUGUCCGAGGCCGAGCGGAAGGCGCACGACAUGAUCACGUCGGAGCGCGCCAAGAUGGAGCGCACGGUGGCUGAGGCCAAGCGGCAGGCGGCGGAGGACGCGCUCGCUGUCAUCAACCAGCAGGAGGACUCGAGCGAGAGUUGCUGGAACUGCGGCCGGAAAGCCAGCGAGACCUGCAGUGGCUGUAACACGGCCCGGUACUGUGGCUCCUUUUGCCAGCACAAAGACUGGGAGAAGCACCACCACAUCUGUGGGCAGACCCUGCAGACCCAGCAGCAGGGGGACACGCCCGCCGUCAGCUCCUCCGUCACGCCCAACAGCGGGGCCGGGAGCCCGAUGGACACGCCACCGGCGGCCACCCCCAGGUCGACCACCCCAGGGACCCCUUCCACCAUAGAGACGACACCUCGCUAG